CCGGAGUGACUCCGCUUGGCGGGGGAGCAUGGCGGUGUGGACGCGCGCGAGCAAGGCGGGCCUGGUGGAGGUGCUGCUGCGCGAGCGCUGGGUGCGGGCGGUGGCCGAGCUGAGCGGGGAGGCGCUCACGCUCAGCUCCGACCCGGAGCCGCCGCCGCCGCCGCCGCCGCUCAACGGGCUGCCCGACGGCUCCGAGUGGGGCAGCCCCGGCACGGGGCGGGCGCGGAGCGGGGCGGCGGCGGCGUCCCCCGGCUCCAGCCCCCCGUCGCCGCCCGGGCGCCCCUUCUCGCCCCCGGCUCCGUCUCCGGCUCCGUCCCCGGGCGGCCCUGCGGGCUCUCCGCCGGCCGGGGUGCGGCGCGUGCGGGUGGUGAAGGCGGAGGCGGGCGGGCUGGGCAUCAGCAUCAAGGGCGGCCGCGAGAACCGCAUGCCCGUGCUCAUCUCGCGCAUCUUCCCGGGGCUGGCGGCCGAGCGCUGCGGGGCGCUGCGCCUGGGGGACGCCAUCCUGGCCGUCAACGGCGUCGACCUCCGCGGCGCCACCCACGACCAGGCCGUGCAGGCGCUCAAGCGGGCCGGCAGGGAGGUCCUCCUCGAAGUGAAGUACAUGCGGGAAGCCACUCCGUACAUCAAGAAGCCCUCCCUGGUGUCGGACUUGCCGUGGGACGGGGUGGCUCCGCAGUCGCCCAGCCUCAGCGGCAGCGAGGAUUCCGGCUCCCCAAAGCACCACAGCCCCGCCAAGGACCGCAAGGUGAUCCCCUUGAAGAUGUGCUACGCUGCGCGGAACCUGAGCAUGCCGGAUCUGGAGAACAGGUUGAUUGAGCUGCAUUCGCCCGACAGCAGGAACACCCUGAUCCUCCGCUGCAAGGACGCGGCCACGGCGCACUCCUGGUUCAUGGCCAUCCACACCAACGUCAUGGCUCUCCUCCCGCAGGUCCUGGCUGAGCUCAACGCCAUGCUAGCUGCCAGCAACACGCCAGGAAGCAGCAAGGAAGUCAAGCACAUCACGUGGCUGGCGGAGCAGGCCCGGCUGGACGGGGGGCGGCAGCAGUGGCGGCCGGUCCUCAUGGCUGUGACGGAGAAGGACCUGCUGCUCUAUGACUGCAUGCCGUGGACGAGAGAUGCCUGGGCCUCCCCAUGCCACAGCUACCCGCUUCUUGCCACCAGGCUGGUGGGCUCGGGCCACAGGUCGCCCUGCAUGGGGUCGGACCUGACGUUUGCCACGCGGACGGGCUCUCGCCAGGGCAUCGAGAUGCACGUCUUCCGCGUGGAGACGCACCGGGACCUCUCCUCCUGGACGCGGAUCCUGGUGCAAGGCUGCCACGCCGCCGCAGAGCUCGUCAAGGAGGUAUCCUUAGGCUGCGUCUUGAGCAACCAGGAGGUCCGUCUUAUGCUCCACUACGAGAACGGCUUCACCAUUUCCCGGGAAGAGGCGGGCUCCGCCAGCGUCCUUUUCCGGUACCCUUUCGAGAAGCUAAAAAUGUCUGCAGACGACGGCAUCAGGAACCUCUACUUGGAUUUUGGGGGUCCGGAGGGGGAGCUGACGCUGGAGCUGCACUCCUGCCCCAAGCCCAUCGUGUUCGUGCUGCACACGUUCUUGUCGGCCAAAGUGACCCGCCUGGGGCUGCUCGUGUAGAGGCUGCCGGACGUCGGCCGCGGCACAGAAGAUGGCCCAGGUCCCGCCUUCGCCCCGUUGGCGCCCUCCUGCUCCAGCACCAGUGCCUUGACUAGGACUCGUGAGCAGCAGCGGCGGUGGCAGCCUUUUGGACGCUUCAGCACGGGAAGGGCUUUGCCACUGCUGCCGCCGCCCUUACAGGUUCUGCCUUCCCAGGAGAGCAACGGCCGACGGAGGAGGAGUCGGAGUCGGCCCGUGCAGUCAUGGCUGCUGCACGACAGUCGCCCCUGCAGCCCUGCUCCCUUGGAGCUUAGCAUAGCGCUGGGAAGCCCACCGGUGUCUUCUUGACACUUGAGUCCCUUGCCAUGGGGACAGCUGGUGGGGGGGCAGCUCCUGGCUUGGGACAUUACGAAAGCCAUUUCCUUUUCCCUGUAUCAAGCUCACCAAGUGUGCCUUUUGGUGGCAGAAGAAAGAGGGCAGCGUCUGUGGCGGCAGGGAGCAGGGCACAAGCUAUGCCUGCGUGGGGCUCCCGGACAGAAGCAUCGUGGGACAGCUUCCUGGCAUCUUUCACAGCUUCCCCCCCCCCCCCCGCCAAAAGAAGCCUGGAAGCCACAACUCUCCCUGCUCCUCUGCUCCUUUUGUCCUGGGAUUUGUGGGGCUCGGAGGGCAGGUCUCCGCUCAGCCUGGCAUGCUGGCCGGCCUUCCCCAACCUGGUGCCUUCCAGAUGUCUUGGACUACAACUCCCAGUAGCUGGAGCGGGCCAACUUGGAGAAGGCUGGUGUAAGCACUCGGGGGUGGGGGUGACAGCAAGCAGGCAUUGGGAGCUCUCUUCUUUAUUAUUUUCUUUCAGAGGCCAGCAAAAGAGGCGGGUUCCACUUAGCUCUGGGUUUGUGGCCUUUUUGUGUGAUGGGUCGGGGAGCCGUGGGUUCCUUCCCAGGGGUGGGGAGCACCCUAAGAUCCUUCCUUUCCCACAGCAUAGCACCUGAGGCUUGGGCACUGUGGAACCUGAAGGCCUCCCGCCCCCAGGCCUGUGGGGAAGAGUCACCUCCUCGGAUCAAGGAGCCUCCCAGAUGCUGAGCAAGGCCUACAGCGGGGGCCGCCGCCCCCUCCUCCUUCCCCUCUUCAGGAUCCCAUAGCCCUCCUGCUUUCCUUCAUGUCCCUCGUUUCAGACCCAGGCCUGCCGACUCCGUGGCCCAGCUGCCCCAUUUCCUCCCUUUUCCGUCAUGGUCCCUGGGGAGCGGUCUCUGGGCCCAUGUGGCCUCAGAAGAUGCAGGCCCAGGUCCCGUGAGCCUCGUUGGCUGGGAUGUCCGGGGCUGCCCUGCGGUGAGGAGACACUCUGCCUGCGGGAGUGGGCCAUGUCCACGCUUCAGACCUCAAGUGGGCGGGAGGACGGUGGCCUCUGCCUUAAGCCCCGAGACUUUGUGCUGUGAGGGGGGAACCGCUAGGUGUUCUCUGCUCCUCAGUGGGCUGCAUGGGGGAUGAUGGGGAUUUGUGUUCUAACCCAUCUGGAGGCUGCCAGGUUGGGGAAAGCUGGUCUGGGCCGCCCAGGGGGCAAGCCUGGUGGGUUGACUGGGAGGUGAAGGGGUCCCUUUCGUGGUUCCGCCUCGGAGCUAAGCCUUAAAGUGAGACACACGCUCUCCUUCCUCCUUGCCCUGGCAGGUGGGUUGGGGGAAUGCGUGACGAUUCAGUGGGCACAGAGUCUUGUUCAAAGAAGCUUCCUUUCUAGUGUGCAAGGCUGCCCCCAGGCCACGCUCACACGCUGAUCUUCACUGUCACAAGGACUAGAAUCUUCAUUUUUAAAUCUGUGGCAUCACAUAGCACGCAGCCCUGCCUUUUAGGCCAACAAGCCUAUUUGCUUCAGGGCUUCUCUUCCCCAAGCUGGUGCCUCCCUGAUGCACUGGGCUACAUAGUUGUCUGUAGGAUUUAUGGGAGUUGUAGUCCAGCACAUCUGAAGGGGGAGGGUAUCAGAUCAAGGAACGCUGCCGGCAGGGUGUCUGGGCGGGGGUGUUGUGGGCGCGGAGAGGCGUUGGGAUUAGGGUUCCAGUGAAGAGGUUUAAAGACGGUAGGAAGCAUUUUCCACGCAUGGGACUGAGCUCAGAUGUUGCUUUCAGUUUGGUAACUCAGCGGCCUUUUGUCAAAGCUUUUUUGUGGGCAGGUGGGGGUGCGGGUGGCCUCUUCUUCCCUGGUCCGUAUUGUAGACCCUUGAGGACACCCUGACUUGAGGCAGGCUUUAUAUGUUCCAAAAAGAGCUCCCUUACCCGGUGGGGUGGGGUGGGGGAUGGAGAUAGCCCAAAGGUCCAAGUCACGCUUGGCCUGCCAGGUGGCCACAGAGCAGAGUUUGCAGAGAGCCGGGGACUGGGCGGGUGUCAGCUGCUGGCAACUUUUAAGAAGAUGCAGCGGCAGGUAAACAUCCUCUGUGUUGAAGACCUUCGGGCAGUAACAGGCAAAAUGUUUGCAUAGCGAUGGCUCUUACAUCAAGCCGCCUUCCCCAGCCUGCUUUGGCCCAGGAGUCUAAUCGUGGCCCCUGGCCAAUGGUCACGCCAGCUGCAGCUGAUGGGAGAUCCGGUCAUGAGAUCCAGAGGGCUCCAGCUUGGAGAAGGCUGGCAUAACAGCAUGCUGGAUUCUGCACCCAAAAUUCCUGAGAUCUGCUGUCAAGCUACAUGUGCAGUUUUUUUUACAUGGCCUUUGCAAAUUUGGUUUUUUGGGGGGUCAACUUCUGAGAGAUGCAUUGUAGACUGAAGGUCAAAAGAAAAAGAGAAUGGAAAGUGUGUGGUAGCAUUUGUGAGGGGUGGGAGGCAUGGAGCCAUUGGAGGAGGGGCACUGGAACCCCUGUCCAAGGGCCUCGGCAUUCAUUCCUUUGUUCCGUAACACCUUGAGCCAUGAGGACUAGAAACCUAAGCAGAAUUGAGUUUUAUAAUUAGGCAAACAACUGUUCUUGUGUCCCCAGGUAGUUCCACAGGACAAGAGUGCAUUUAAUUUAGAGCUGCAUUCUCCAACCAGGCACCCUCCAGAUGUGUUAAGACUGAAAUUCCCAGCUGCUGGGAGUUGUGGUCCAACAUCUGGAAGAUGCUAGGUUAGAGGAGGCUGAUUUAGGGUGCAUGUGUGAGAGAGGUGAGCAGAGGACUUGGGUCACAUUAGCUUCAUUUCAUUUCAUUUCAUUUCUUGCAUUUUUAUACCGCCCAAUAGCUAAAGCUCUCUGGGGGGUUACAAAAAUGAAAACUACAAUAUUCAGCAAUAUACUAAACAAUGGUAUCACAAUAAUAUUCAAAAGUAUACUAAAUACAAGUUUACAGCAAAACAGAGCAGAUAAGGGGGGGAAUAACUUGGUUGGAAUGUUUCUCCUCCUGAAGCAGCACCUCUCAAACUUCAGGUCCCACCUUGCUUUUAAAGUCUCCAGGUGUGUGGGGGGGGGGGGAGCAGGUGGAACAGCAUCCCUUGGUGGAACAAACAGAGUUUCUCCCCCUGAAAGACAGCAUGGGACCGAGAUGAGGAGGCAUUCACAUCAGUGGGGGUUGUGUUCUGAUUUUGUUUCCAUAAUCCAACAUUUGCAAGAUCUUCCCUACAGAGUUGGGCUGAUGCAAAGUUAUCCUAUGAAAAAGUACUCCUUUCUGAGGAACUUCCCAAACAGCUAGUGGUCCUGAUCUUACUAGUAAGUCAUGUAUCUGCUUGUUGCAGACCUCAAGGUAUGAACCUGCAAUAGCACAAUGCUUCAGCAUUAACCAAGGGCUGAGUGUGAAAAUCCAGGAGAGUUUAAGGCUGCUGCGUCCUCAGUCAGCCUUUGUGUCUGCCAAAAGCUAAGUGCAAGCAGGAAUCAGAUCCCUUGCGGCCUCUUCUCUAGCUUAAAGCCUCCUGCAGCAGUAAAGGCAGCAGAACAACCAGAGCACAAUUGUCCAUGCAUUUGAAAGAGGCAAAGUGUGUCUCUGGACAUGAGCAAAGGGCUGUUCAGCCGGUGCCUGGAGGAGGGAAUCUUCCUAGCAGAGCUGUUCAGCACUGGAAUGGCUGCCUCAGGAGGGGGUGGGAAUCUCCUUUGCUCGAGGUAUUUAAGAGGCGGCUGGGUGGCCGCCUAACAGGGAUGCUGUGGCUGCAUACUGCACUGAGCAAGGGGUUGGACUAGAUGACCUCUGAGCCGCUUCCAGCUCUGACGCUGCCAUUCAUUUCAUGGGCCUUCUGUGCCAGGCAACAAAAAUGUUCUGUGGCAUUUUUGUCCACAGUAGGUCCCGGGGUGUGUGAAACUGGCACCCAGGUUUUCGUUGCCAGAUGUUUCUAAUCAGCCAGACCAGCAAAUUGGCUUCAGUCCUUGUUCAGGGAAUGUCUCCACGUGGAGAGCUGUGGUUUCUGACGCUGUGUGUUAAAAAAGGAACUUUUAUUUGUUCUGGACACAUUUCCUCUUUGGGGAGAGCUCCCACACCCCACAAAUACCACCUUCAGUUCUGUGCCUGGUUUUUUCAUCGUGAGGCCAUUGGUUGGAUUUUCCACAUUUGUGUCCGUACAUGAACCCAACCCAGGCUGUAUUUGGGGUUAGUGGCGCUGGGAGCUGGAACAGUCCCUUGGACUUGCUUGAACUGUUCCGGGUUCCCCGUGCGGUGUUGCACUUGUGUGACUUUUGGGAACCACCGCAGCAUUUCAGCCGAAAGCCCCAGCACCCGCAAGGUCAAGGCUGUGAUGCCCCAGAGAUCACUUUUGUCAUCUUUGGCUGCUGCUGUGUCUUUGGGGAAACGCCUGUGAGGAGGGCAUCAACAGAGCUGUUUAAAGCCUGCUCUGAUGUCAGAGUCCUGGGUGACCUUGCGUAAAACAAGCCGAGCUUUUAAAAAUAAAAAGUUUAAAAACCAGCAGGAGGCUAGGACGUGUAACUUGGGAGUCAAGGUCUCACUCUGCACACUUUUCUAAGUAGCACUUUUUCUUCCCCCAAGUUGUAUUGUGCUGGGUUUCUGCAGCUGCGAGGAUUCCCUUAAAUUGGGGGGGUUACAGUUUUUAAACUUAAAAGUUUUCAGUGAUGAUUCUAAUCCCCCAGCCCCACAGGAUCUCUGGUUUUCUUUGUUCUGUGGCUGGGAUUGGUCAGCUUCAGGGUUUCCCAUCUGCUACUAGACUCAGUCAGGAGUUUACAAUCUGGGCAAAAUGCAACUUUACAGGCCCAAAGUGCCAAAGAGGAGACUUCCUUGUAAGAUCUCUCGAAGAAAUUUGCACAGAAACCACUACAAAUAAAUGUCUGUGUUUCUGCUGUGCAGGCUUGUAUGUGUGCGUGCGCGUGCUGUUUGAUAUAAUCUCACCUUGAGUAUUAAGGCACAGUAAUACUGCCACAAACAAUCUAAAAUGUACAACCGACUUUAUUUUUGUAUUCUUUGUAAAUGAUAUUUAUACAAGAAGGAGUUCUUUUUUUCCUGAGGUUUUUUAAUCUCAAAUCAUUGGAGUCUCCAGGUUACUGAAUUCACGUAAACCAAGCGGUGACGUCUGAGCAGCGUUUGGUCUUCACAAGCAAAGGAGUUCUCUGUGCGCUAGAGGACACAUGGACACCCUCCAGCCCUUGAGUUACAUGCUAACUGUGUAGUAUUGUACAUUACAAUGGGAAGGUGACCAAGGGCAAGUGUAACUUUUACAUUGUGUAUAAUUAAAGGUGUUGAUGCUUUUAGUUUUAA